UAAAUAUUUUUAAAAGAUAGUAGGACAGUCUGUAGGUUUUAGACAGGUAGAAGACAUGUCAGCCAUUGUACAUUAUGGACUUCGGAUCAGUUAUUAUUUUUAAAUUGUUUAAAAUUUUAUGUAUGAGAUAAUUGGAAGUGUGAACACUGAUUUUUGAUGUUCUUAAAGAACUACUGUUCAUUUUUUCAGGUUUGGAUAAUGGUAUUAUGAUUAUUUUUUAAAAUCCUUUUAGAGAUACAUCCUGAAGUGAUAACAAAAAACAUUAGAUUAUGGGAUUUGCUUCAGAAAAUGUGAGGAGAGUGGAUUAGGGUCUGCAUAGGCCAGUACUGGGCUUGGUUGGUGGUUGCUGAGGCUGGCCAUAGAUACAUGGACAUUUAUAAUUAUUCUUCUCCUUUUGUGUAUGUCAGAUAUGCUCUGUAAUAAAAUUUUGUUUCUUUUAAAGUUAUUGGGAGGUGAAAAGAAAAUGAGAAGUGAGGCAGUGAUGAAAAUAAAUAUAUAUAUAACUCUUGGAGGAAUUUUGCCAUAAAAGCAGACACAUGGGGUACAGGGAAAGUAUCUUAAGGUGUGAUGAGGUAUUAGAACAUGUAUAUAGGCUGAAGGGAAUGAUUUCAAAGAGGGAAAAUUGAUGGAGUAGAGAAAGAGGGAAUUCUGUAAGCAAUGACUUUCAGUAAAUGGGUAGGAGUCAAUUUAUGAAGGAAAACCAAUGCAUAUGAUAAGAAUAGGGACACAGGUUGGUUUGAUAACGUGGUGAAGGGGAGAAUAACAUUUUUCUUUAAAUUGCUUCUGAUUUCUUGAUGAAAUUAGCAGUAAAAUUAUCAGCAGAAUGUGAAGGUUAUUUGGAAUUCAGUGUGGAUUAUUUAAUAUUGAGUUGGCCAAAAAGUUCAUUUGGGUUUUUCCGUAACAUCUUAUGGAAAAACUGGAAUGAACCUUUAGGCCAACCCCAUAUUUGAUCAGUUUUGAUUUUCAGAAGUACAGUUCUGUGGUUAUAGGGUUUUAACAUUUACAGAUCUCUGGUUGCAUUUACCCUGGUGUUAAUGUGCCUAAAACUGCCUCUGUCAUAAAUAUUCUGUAUCCGUAUCAUCUUGUAUCAGCAAAGGUUAUUGAAGACAUCAUAUCUCAGGAAACUAAUUAACUCUAUGAACAGGUAAUUUACUUCAUAUUUUCUUUUUAAUUAAAGCUGGUAUCCUGCAAAUGGAAAUAAUAUUUCUCCUUUUACAUUGCUUUAAGAUAGGUUAAUAUUUUGCUUUCACAUUAGCAUUAUUUACUAGAAUAAAGUCCUUUGAUCCAGUAGAAUACAAACUAAUAUUUGGUUUAUUAAUUUUGAGUAGUUAAAUAUUUUAUAUAUGUCUUUUGAUGUUUAGUUUGGCCUUUUGUUUUAGAGUUGGUCCAGUCAGUUUUUUCUUGAUUAAAUCAUACAUAUAAUGCAUAGGUUAUUAUUUCCAGUUUCAAUUUAUUUAAAGUAGAACAAGAAUCUAAAGAUAGUUGUCAAGCAAACUGUGUGCAGGAUCCUUCACGACUUCUUACAUUUCCCAUCAAUCUUUACUAUUUUCUCACUCAUGCCUAUUUUGAGAACAAUGCAAUGUGCAUCCCUAGCCAGAACUUGCAAAGCACUGAACCUAGUUUUCAUAGAUAGAAAUGGUUGUCUUUCAGUUUCUUGAAGGGGAAAGAACUGGCAUAAACAAAUUUGGGAACAAUUAUGGCUGACUUUUAACAGAAAUCUUAAGAUUACACUUCAGUUGUUUAUACAGUUGACCCUUGAACAACAACAGCAUGGGUCCAUUUAUACAUGGGUUUAAAAAAAUAAAUGUGUAUUACAGUACUGCAUGACCUGGGGUUUGUUGAAUCUGUGGAUGCAGAACUGCGGAUAUGGAGGUCCAACUGUAAAGUUACACACAGAUUUUCAGUGGGGGGCGGGGGAGGGGGUGGUAUUGUCCCCUCUAGCCCCUAUGUUCAAGGGUCAACUGUAGUAUAGUCUCCUAGAUGAGAAUGUUCAGCGUGCCAAGGCCUUAAUCUGACACGUCAUUUAGGUGGGGAAGCCAUAUAAGUGUCUCUAUAUCCACACUGGGAAUGUUUUGUUUGUUUUUUAAAUUAAAACGUUCAACUUCUAUAGGAUAAGUUUUAUAACUUCUACUUUGUUUUUUAUGAGUGAAUAUGGACAUUUUGCCCUAAGUUUGUUUAUACUUUUAUUUUGUGCAUUUUCUACUCACUUCCUUUAUUCCAUUACUUUUUCCAUUGUUUAAUGUUUCUUAUACAGUUUGUAUGGGCUUUUCUGCUGUAUACACUUUCUCAUUUUUCUUACAAAUGAUUGGGCCUUCACUUUUGAUUUUGACUGUGACUUUCCUUUAGAUCACUGGUUUUUAAUUUUUAAUUUGCAAGUAAAUCCUUUGAAAUCACCAUCUUAAUAACAACUGUCAUACUUUUGUACCUGCCUGCUUAUUUACUACUGUUAUGACUAGCUAAUUACUGUUCAUUUUAUAUAUAAUUUAUAUCUUAUUUGUCUUAAUGAGACCUUAAAUUGUUUUUUUCCCCAAAAUUUCUACAAAAUUGUCAUAGUUUUAUAUUGCUUUCUUGAAUGGGGAGAUAGAGACAGACAGACAGGAGGAGAGAGAGGGAGGGGGAGAAAGAGAAAGAGAGGAGUAAAGGAAGGAGAACAGGAGAGAGGGAAGGGAGGGGGAAGCAUGGAGAAAGACACUCAGAUUUCAUAGGAGUAUUUUCUGUGCCAUUCAUUUUUUUGUCUCUGCUCACAAAUUAUCUACACUAUUUAAAUCAUUGUUGCCUUUUAACGUCUUUUUAGUAUAUCCUUUUUAAAGUAAACUUAUUGAAAUAUGAACAGAUAUAAAAAAAUACAGAAUUAUAAUAUGUAGCUCACUGAAUUUUCACAAAGUAAUUAUACAUUGAUUCAGAAAUAGAGCUUUACUAGUAUAUCAGAAGCUCCCCCCUAACUUUCUCCAGUCAUUCCUCCCUACCAAAGUUAACUACUAACCUGACUUCUAACAAGUCCAUAGAUUAGUUUUACUGUUUUCAAGCUUUAUAAAAAUGGAAUAGUAUAAAUUCUUUUAUGCCUGGCUUUGUUUACUCACCAUUAUGUUUGUGAGAAUGAUCCAUGUUGUUGUGUGUACUUGUAGAUUAUUCAUUCUCAUUGCUGUUACAGUUUGUCUCGUUGCUCUUAUUGCAUUGUAUCCACAUAUCUUAAUUUUCUUUGUCAUUCUUCUGUUGAUGAACACUUAGAUUCUUUCCAGUUUGGGUAUAUUAAAAAUAAUGUUGCUGUAUUGUAGAUUUUUUAAAAUACCUUUUUCUUUUUGAAAAAUAUUGAAAUCUUAUUUCAAAAAUUUUGAGAAAAUAUACAUUUGAGAAAAAUACGUCUCUGCUCAGAAUUUCAUUAGCAUGUUACUCUUUUAUAAAUUUGUUGCUGUGACUGAAAAACAACUAAUAUAUUUUUAGGCAGUACCUAAAUGGCAUUGGCUAUGAAGACUUCAGGGAGAAUAUAGGAAAGGGUAUGAAGGAACAAAACAGGUUGAGUAUUUGUAACAUAGUGUGUAUAGUUAAUAAACUCAAAUGAAGAUAAAUAAGUAGAACCUUUUAUUACCUUGAUCGUGAAAGUGAGGUUCACUCACAACUAUGCAACGUAGACAAUGAACUGAAGUGGAGAUAUCUGCAAGUGAAAGUGGAGAGGCCAUUGGAAGGAUGAUCAGGUGUAAAGAAAUUUUUCCAUGUAUGUAUUUGAUUGAGAUAGCUUAGAUGUGCUUUUGUUUCCCAUCUCUAUAGGAAGUGUUAAAAAAGAAGGUGUAAGAUUGGAGGCAAGGCAAAAUAUACAUUUUUACUAUUAACUAAUUAUGGAAAUUUAAUAAUUAAUAGUUACUGUGUGCUAUGGGUUUGUUAUUCAGUGAUAAGUGAAAGAUUGUUUCUGCCCUUGGGGUAAGAAAAUAGAAUAAAAACUGGGAAAGUUAAUGAAUAUACCACAGCAGAAUUGAAAAAAGUGUUAAGCAAGGAACAAGUUAUUGGGAUAGAAAAUAAAGGAUAUAAAUUAGAUGAAGUCAGCACAGGUAUUUUUUCUGACUUUUAUCAUGAUACCUAAAGGAUGAAAGGAACCCAACCAUGUGGAGAGCCCGCCAGCAUUCCUGGGAGAUUUAACAGCCAGUAAAAAGCUCUAAGAAAUGGAAAGAUUGUAACAUAUUUUAGCAACUGAAAGGAGAUUUGGAAUCCAGUUAUGGCACUAAAAAGUUAUUUGAAGUAAAGGAUGUUUGUGAAAUGAAUGUAUCUCAGUGGGAGAUAAUGGAAAGCAUUAGAAGUUGUGGCCUUGAAGAUUCCUUUUUCAGGAAAGAUUGUGAAUAUAAAAAGUUUGAGGGACAAGAGGGUCCUCAGGAGGCGUAUUUCAGGCAAGUGAAAAAAACCACCUCUGAAAAAAUGCCCAAGAACAAAAAACGCACAUCUCUUACUCUGUAUCAGAGAAUUCACAAUAGAGAGAAACCCUAUGAAUGUGGGGAUUGUGGGAAGGCUUUUAGAGUACGCCAGCAACUCACUUUCCAUCAGAGAAUUCAUACUGGUGAGAAACCCUAUGAAUGUAAAGAAUGUGGAAAAGCCUUUAGACAGUGUGCCCACCUUAGUCGACAUCAGAGAAUUCAUGCUUCUGACAAACUCCUUGAAUGUAAAAGAUGUGGAAAAAUCUUUACAUGUGGUGCAGAUCUUCGUGUACAUCAGAGAAUUCAUGUUGGUGAGAAGCCCUAUGACUGUAAGGAAUGCGGGAAGGCCUUUAGAGUGCGAGGACAACUUAAUCUCCAUCAAAGGAUUCAUACUGGUGAGAAACCCUAUGAAUGUAAGGAAUGUGGGAAGACCUUUAGACAAUAUGCACACCUUACUCGACAUCAAAGACUUAAUAUUGCUGAGAAAUGCUAUGAAUGUAGGGAAUGUGGGCAGGCUUUUCUGUGUAGUACAGGCCUUAGAGUACAUCACAAACUUCAUACUGGUGAGAAACCCUAUGACUGUAAGGAGUGUGGGAAGGCCUUUAGAGUACGGCAACAACUUACUCUCCAUCAGAGAAUUCAUACUGGCGAGAAACCCUAUGAUUGUAAGGAAUGUGGGAAGACUUUUAGUCGUGCCUAUCAUCUAACUCUCCAUCAGAGAAUUCAUACUGGUGAGAAACCUUAUGAAUGUAAGGAAUGUCAGAAGUUCUUUCGUCGUUACUCAGAACUUAUUUCACAUCAGGGUAUUCAUAUUGGAGAGAAACCCUAUGAUUGUAAGGAAUGUGGGAAGGCCUUCAGACUGUUCUCACAACUUACUCAACAUCAGAGUAUUCAUUUUGGUGAGAAACCUUAUAAAUGUAAGGAAUGUGAGAAGACUUUUAGACUGCUCUCCCAACUUACUCAACAUCAGAGUAUUCAUACUGGUGAGAAACCCUAUGACUGUAAGGAAUGUGGAAAGGCCUUUAGACUACAUUCAUCACUUAUUCAACAUCAGAGAAUUCAUUCUGGUGAGAAACCAUACAAAUGUAAGGAAUGUAAGAAGGCAUUUAGACAACAUUCACAUCUUACUUACCAUCAGCGAGUUCAUAAGGUCACUAAAUAAUUAUUAGAAAGCCAUCCAUUGUGAAUUUUGUGUUAAGGGGCAGUAGAAAAUAAAUUCUGGAGGAAAAGGUGUUUGAAUGUAGGAAUCCCUUUUGCUUCAUGCUCAAAAUUAAAAUAAGAGGUUUUAAAAGAAUAGGUUAAUUUAAUUAAUAUAUAGAAAUAUUUCAUCACCAUUCAAACCAUGUUAAACUUUAGGAAGUUCUUUCUAGAAAGAAACUUUCUUAAAGGAGUGAAUGUGGAAAAGCUUUUGAUCUUACCUGUUAUCACCUCUGUUCUUUCAUCUGUACAGUAUACCUAUGGAAGUUGCCAGGGCACCAACUCAUUCUGGAAAUUGAUAAAUAAAAGGAAGGAAAUGUGAUUUAGCCUGCAUUUCCUGUAUAAACUAUAUUUCAAGGCAACUAGAAGUUGAUGAGGUAAAGUUCUUUAUUAGAGAUUUUUAUAGGACAUAAUGAAAUAAUGGAUCUAGGCACAAUUCUCAGUAGAGGUGUUAAGACCAUUAGGUGAAUGGUUGAUGUCAACUUCAUAGUGAAUAGAUCACGUUGACAACAUCUGAACCCACUGAUCAAUUUUAAUCUCAUCAAAAAUAGGACAAAACAUUUUGUGCCUCCUGAUAUGAUACAAUAAGACAUACCAUUGACAAAAAAUAUUGAACCUGAAUCUAAUUAAAGCAUCAAGAUCUAACUCCCAGUUUAGAGAAAAUUCAGGAAACAAGAACAAAUUACAUGAUACAGCAAGAAGCAGACAAAUCUAAAAUGUGGGUAAUUCUACAAGAGUAAUGACAGCUUCUCAACCAAUAAAAUGGAUUCAAAAAAGGGAGGUGGAACUCUUAGAUAUUAAGAGUCUUAAGAGAUGUAUCAAUCAAAUGCAAUGAAUGAGUGGUUCUCAUUUAGAUCACAAGUUGAACAAGUGUAAAAAAGACAUUUUUAUGAUGGGGAAAUGGGACUAUUGACAGUAUUAGAUAAUAUUAAGAAUUAUGUUCUUGUUAGAUGUGCAAAUAGCAUUGUGUUUAUGUAAAAGUGUCUUAGAGAUAAAUUAGCAAGUUUAUACACAUGAAAUGAUAUGUCUAGAAUUACCUUUAAAAUGCUCAUGCAAAAGAAAAUUGAAGAUGGAUAACUUGUUUGUCAAAAUCAUGGUAAGAUGAGUCAGGUGCGUGGUUUUUGCUUAUUUUGUUUUUGCUCUUUUCUCUAUUUUCAUGUAUUUUAAAUUUUCCAUAAUUUUUUUUAAAGAUAAAGUAUCUGUGAAAUUAUAACCCACUUAAAGUGAAUGAUGUUUUUAAAUGGCUACAUAUCAGAACUUACGGAUGUUGCUAAAGUUUUACACACAGGGAUAUUAAAUGUGCUAUAAUGUAUUUGGGAAAUUAAGAUUGAGGAUCCAGAUUUUAUCUAGUUCACCUAAUGCUACAUCUGUUGUAGUGCCUGUCCCAUAGUACUUCGUAUAUUUCAAGAGUGAGUAAAAAGAGCAAUUACAACUACUUGUGGAAAUUAAUGGAAUAGAACUGUUUUAUCUGAUAAGGUAGCUGCUAGCAACAUGUUGAACACUUAAAAUUGAGCUAUUGAGAGCCUGAAUUGUGGUUAGUACAAAUUAAGAUGGUGUUAAGUGUAAAAAACACGCAUGUUUUGAAUACUUCUAAAAAAAUAUCUAACAGGUCAGUUUCUCACAGCAUUUCUCUGCUGUUGUUGGGAAGCUGUGAUAUUCAGUGGAUUGCAUUAAUGCACAAUACAGAACACAAUUUAAGUAUGUCUCUGCUCCCAAGUAGCAGCAUGUUUAUUUACACACUGAGGUCUCUUUGGUUCUACCCCGAGUCAUGCUGAAUUUUUUUUUCUUCUCUUCAUAAAACGUUGCCUGUGUUUACAGCUGAGUAGUUUUCUCAGACUGUUUAUAGCCUGUAGAUGUUUCGGCAUCCAAAGGCCCUUUUUUACUUUAUACUGUUUCCCACUAAGUUCAAGCUUGCAGUGCUUCAAGUAGUACAAUUCUCUUUAAGACUGUGUUUUCUAUGAUUUUUAUUAGGGUUCAUUCAAUUAGACAAAAGAUCAACAGGCUCUUCUCUGUAUUGGGUUCCCUGUGAGGCUACUGUGGAAAAACGACUUUGAAAUUCUUAGAAGCCACGCUGUUUCACAGAAAGGAUGCAAGUUGGCUUUAUCUUUACCCUGGGGUGACAUUUUCAGGACAGCACCACAUAUUUGAGUUUUCCUCCCCUCUCAGGCCCAUUAUAACUUUGAGAACCCUUUGCUACCUGUAAACACUGUCAUGAACCCUCUAUUUCCUUGAAAUUCUACUUGAAAUAUGCACCAAUCGAUAUAAUGAAUAGAAUGAUUUUUUUUUUACUCUGUUAAUAUGAUGGAUUACCUUCAUGGAUUUUCAAAUAUUAAGCCUUAUAUCACUGGAGUAAACUCCAUUUGUCUGUAGUGUGUACUUUAAAUAUAUAUAUAUAUUGCUGUA